AUUUAGAAUACAGUAACACUGUGACGAUCUCGAGGAAGGGAGAAAAACAACAAUUUUCUACACUUCAACGACUUCUAUUGCUCUAACGCAACUGUGCGACUGUAGUAUAUUUUUGAAAGAGGUUUUAAAAGUUCAGAACUGCAUUCAAGCGGACUAAUAACAAGAUCAGAGCUUGUUUUUUUUGACAACUGUCUACUGUUUUAUUGGAAUUUAUCAAUAGUUAUGGCAAAACUUAUCAUCUUUGUUUUCUUGACAAUGGCAGUCACCAGACAGGUAAGUCGUAUCACCUUGGCAGCUGUCAAUUUGGUAUGAUUCUGAUCAUAUGCAAAUCAUGCAACAAAAUAGAAAUGGAUGAGUGGAGUGCUUAGACUGUUUGCAAUGAUCAGUUGGAGGUGCUUUGACUGUCAUACAGAAGUAAUAGGGCGGCAGGUAGCUUAGUGGUUAAGAGCGUUGUGCCAGUAACCGAAAGGUCGCUGGUUCUAAUCCCCGAGCCGACUAUGUGAAAAAUCUGUCGAUGUGCCCUUGAGCAAGGCACUUAACCCUAAUUGCACAUGUAAGUCGCUCUGGAUAAGCGCGUCAGCUAAAUGACAAAAAAUAAAUAAAAAAUUGUAUUUUAGAGAGACACAAGUAAAACCCUUCUCUAACGUAUUUGUUUCUGUUGCCUGAAGAUAUAUAUUUCAAACGGCUGUAACCUACAGACUAUUUGGUAACACUUUUACAAUACCGUGCUACUGUGUAUCUGCUCGUGUAAUUGCAGUGUAACAGUUUUGUAAUUACUAAUUGUUACAAUUAGUUACAAUAGUAACCCUUAACCCUAACCUAGUGUACUAAUGAGUAAUUAGAUUUUACAUUUUACAUUUUAAUCAUUUAGCAGACGCUCUUAUCCAGAGCGACUUACAGUUAGUGAGUGCAUACAUUUUUCAUACUGUCCCCCCGUGGGAAUCGAACCCACAACCCUGGCGUUGCAAGCGCCAUGCUCAACCAACUGAGCUACAGGAGGCCUACAAUACUUGUUACACUGUAAUUACAGGAAUAAUUACAGUUAUAAGGUAACUGUAAUGUAAAAUGUACCAGACUCUUUUUGUAGCCUACCAGCCCUACCAGCCAGAUUGUGUAUUUUUUUGAUAGGCAUGUUUGUUCUUGUCAAAUAACUUUGACUCACUGUCUGAGGGUGGGACUUUUACAUACUGUUGAUUCUGUUACUGGAAGAAGUUUGCACGGAAGAGUGAUGUACUGUGACUCGAAUCACGAGUUGGCAGGGGAUUGGGUACAAAACUUAAACAGCUGUCUAGACAGAUAAGACAUCCAAAGGGAGAAAGGGGUAGAAAUGAUAUGACCAAAUUAAAUGGACUACUUCACAUUGAAGUUAAAGUAUAUAAAUUCAUUGUAAACUGUGUUCAAAACCACUCCAAAGGGGACACAAUAAUCAUGUUAAAUAAAUAUCUCACAAUUAAUAUCAAAUGAACAAAAUGGCAAGUCCUAGACUCCUAGAACAUAUUUAUCACUAGCAGUGUUUUAACCAUGAAGGCAGACCACAGCAAGAAAUUACAUUAAAAAAGUUAACUCUUUACAUUCCUAUGCUUCUCUCUGUUUAUGCCUAGGAACCUAAACCUCCUCUAUCCCCCUCCUCCCCCCUCUUCCUCUCUCCUCUCCCCUCCUCCAGGUGGGUACCAGCUGCCCGGCGGUGUGUGAGUGCCCAGCCAUGCCCCUCUCGUGCCCCCCCGGGGUGAGUGCGGUGGCCGACGGCUGCAGGUGCUGCAAGGUGUGUGCCUCCCAGCUGAACCAGGACUGCAGCCCCACGAUGCCCUGCGACCACCACAAGGGACUGGAGUGUAACUACGGCAAUGACGUGACCCUGGCCCAGGGCAUCUGCAGGGGUAAGGUUGUGUUAGGGGGAGGAAGUGGGUUGUUUGGAAGUGUGUACUGUAGAAUUGUUAGGAUUCGAAGUGUAUAGUGUAGGUUGUAGGUGUUCAGUGUUAGAACUAUGAUGAGGUGUAAAUAAGUGUAAGUGUAUAUCUUUUCAAGUGUGAUGUGUAGUAGUUAGUUGAUGUUGAAUUUCUAUGUGAUAGCAUCUUAGGGUGCAUGUAUUAGAAAUAUUACCGUAGGACUAAACCAUGUGUUGAAAGUCACCAUAACCCCAGGACUUAACACGUUGUAUCCCAGUGGGGGAGGAUAUUUGGAUGUGUAGUAGAUUCCUUAUGGAGCUCAAUCUCACAGACCAAAAUGGAACUAGUUCUAUCUACAUCAAACCAAGAUUCCAAUCCUUCAUAGACUAAGAAUGGAGCUCUACCAUGUCCGUGAUAUGGAGACAGAGAGAAUCUUAUGUAUUCUUACUCACAAGACUUCCUUACUCUGCCCUUUCUCUGACCUCUGACCUCCCUAUGGAUCUAAGUGUUCUCUCUGGGUUACAGUCUGUGCGCCAUGUCAGUGUCGGUUAUUGCGUGUUUGCUGGUUGUUAAGGGGAGGAUUGCGUAAAGGGGGUUUCAGCUGGUGUAACCGGAGUAUAUGGCAGAUUCCUCCCGGUCAUACCUGGGAUUGUCAGUGGGGGUUCUUGUACUUUGACUUUAAAACACAUCCUCAUAUUUAGAUUUCUCCAGAGACAUGGAUGGAUGGUUCCCAAAAUACCCCCUCGUUACAUGAUAGCACAUUACAUACUGUAGAUAGUAAACAGUUCAUUGGUCCUGCUGAUGGUUUUAUGUGUAUAUGAAGCCUAAAUAUGUUACUACCUCGAAGUGGUCUUAGUGUCCAUCUAAAUUGCCCCUAAAGGAAUUAAAGUUGAAUUUAAUUGUACUGAACUGUACCUAACUGUACCUAACUGUGCUGAACUGAAUGGAAUUCAAUGCAUUCUCCUAAUUUCCCUCUCUUAACAGCAAAAACAGACGGUCGUACGUGUGAGUACAACGGGAGGAUCUACCAGAACGGCGAGGAUUUCCGCGCCGGCUGUAAACACCAGUGUACCUGCAUCGACGGUGUCGUGGGCUGUUCUCUGCUCUGUGCCAACCGUCUGCCCCCCGCCACCUCCUCCUGCCCCUAUCCCCAGCUGGUCAGGGUGCCAGGGCAGUGCUGCUUCACUGUGGACUGCCACAAGGGUACCGGGCGCCUUCCCCCCACCAAGCAACAUCACCAACCAACACAACCCAAACCUCAGCCAGACCAGUACCAGCCAGAUAACACACUGGCCAAUGAGCUGGUGGAGAGAGGCAAGGUCUGGGAGAAUGAACAAGGCUACAAGCACCUGCCUGGUGAGGAGCUGUUGCACUGUUGACAUUCACCAAAUGCAUUAUUAUUGAUCAUGAUAGAUACCUGGCUGUAGCUUAUCAUGUACACUGAGUGAUCAUCGCUAGCACUAUCACCAUUAGUGGUAUAAUAGUUGAUGAAUAUUGGUCGAUAGUUACUCAUGUUUGUCUGUACAUCAGUCAGUCAUAUAUCCUGGUUUCUUCCCUCUGUGGUAUAGUCUCCCUAUAAUUCCUUCCUUCCUUCCCUUUGUCUCUCACACUCCUCUUCCUCCCACCCUUCCCAGUAUGGAAGCAUUCGUUAGAGAAGUGUGUUGUCCAGACAACGGACUGGUCCCAGUGCUCACGAAGCUGUGGGAUGGGAGUGUCCUCACGCAUCACCAACGACAACGGCCAGUGUAAGCUGGAUAGAGAGACGCGCCUCUGCACCAUCCGUCCCUGCGGUGACGUAGCCGUCCCGCCCAAGGUAAAUUCCAUAUUUAGACAACGCAAUAGGUAACUGUGUAGUGUGUGUGUGUGUUUGUGUGUGUCUGUGUGUGUGUGUGCCCAUCAGUAUGAGCACAAGCAUGCAGUACAAGAGAAGAGAGUGUGACUGCACAUAUCUUCAUCAUCAUCAUCAUCAUCAUCAUUAUCAUCCCAGGCAAUAACAAUAUCUCCCUUAUCAUCUACUGAUCUGGUAUCACUUUGAUAACAAACCCCAACCCCCUAGACUGUUUCCUCUGUGGAGCACGUCCCGAUGGGAACAGACUAGCGUUGAUUUACUCACACUGGCGGUGGCACCCUUUUAAAUAUAGUCCCCUCCACCCCACCCACGGCAUUCCUGCCAAGCAACUGUCCAUCGCUAGGCGCCUGGGCCCUGUGCACUCAGCCAGGGAGAUGGUGUGUCUAUAUUAAUCCUCCUCUGUUUCUCUGGCCCAAAUGCCACCCUAUUCCCUAUUUAGUGCACUACUUUUGACCAGGGCCCAUAAGGCUCUGGUCAAAAGUAGUGUACUAUGUAGGGAAUAGGGUGGCAUUUGGGACGCAAACACUGUGGGCUGGGAGAUUAUAGCUGAUUUACCACUGAGACUAAUAAGGCCUCUGUCUGUGCGAGUUUCAGUGAGUUUGAUUCAAAACUUUGUUUUUGUCACUGUUCGUGUUCAGUUAAUAACUUUACUAUAAUUGAAUCAACUUCAGUUUUGUUUUCAGGACUGACACUUUGUUAGUGAUAAGUUCAUGAUGAUUUGGUUGCAUAGGCCUACCGGACAUUUAUUCAAAGAUGUUUUAAAGAUGUCUGCAAAAGUUUGUUAUUGAAACAAUACAGGCGCCCCAACAGUACAGCAUGAAACGUUUACUUUCCUCUGCCCCUCUCUGAUUAUCUCCCUCUUUCUCUCUCACCCUCUCAUCCCCCUCCCCCUCCUCCUCUUCCCUUUACAGAAGGGCAAGAAAUGCUCCCCGACCCCAAAAGCCCCAGAACCCAUGCGUCUGUCGUAUGGCGAGUGUCAGAGUGUCCGCCUGUACCGGCCCAACUACUGCGGUGCGUGUACGGAUGGUCGCUGCUGUUCGCCACAUCGCACGCGCACCGUCCCUGUGACCUUUGUGUGCCCGGAUGGUGAGCGUUUCCAGAGAGCUGCCAUGUUCAUCCAGUCGUGCAAGUGUAGCAAGGAAUGCGGCCAUCUCAACGAAGUGGCCUUGCCACCACAGCACUGGAUGUAUGGAGACACACAUAAGUUCAUCGACUAGCUUGAUCGUGUUUGAAAAGAAUCCUCAAAGUUGACUGAGAACAUUGACAAGGGAAGGGUGACAUAAUUAAAAUAAAUACCAUGGGCCUUGAGGGUGUUUUUCUCUGCAGGCUACAAAUAACAGAACUGAGCUUCACAAUGGGCUCUCAGUAAAAGCCUGGCACUAUAAUAACUAACUCCCAAAUAGUAAAGUACUUACUGUAUGUUUGACUGGAGUGGUUUUGAUUGACAGGUGAUCGAUCCACUCCUGAAUGUUCCUCAGACAUGGGUCUGAACUGAGGCCUACAGUCCCACCUGGUGUUUUUGUUUAGUUACGGUUUGACAUAAUGAACAAGACCCAGCCGCGAGUUGCUAAGGCCUCCACAGCAACGACAGAGAGAAACAGACGACAACACAGCACUGUGUUGUAGAAUAGAAACACAUGAACUUGAAGGAACUGUACAGGGUUAUUUGCUGUAUAAAGUGAUAUGAUGCUUUGCCACUAACCAGGGCCGUAUUCACUAGGCACCAAAUGGAAGAAAAGAGUCUGACACAGCGACGGACAAGCUGAAGUUGUUCAAUAAGAAAGGCUUGUUUUGGGUAUCCGUUGCAAAACAUUUUGCUAGGAUGUGCACUAAUGACUACAACCCAGCUAUAUGAGGGCUGGAGUGAUACCGGGGCAUCCCACAAUGCACUAAGAACAGUGACUAUAGAAGUUAAGUGACAUCAAGACUGGAUGGGCUGAAACGUCUUGACAAAGAGACUGACAAGUUGGAGCAUGGGUACUCGUGAUAUUAACGUUAUUUAUUCGUAUUCUUAUCCAAAGAACUUGACACUAACUCUCUGCAAUACAAAGUGACGUUCAGUGUAGUUGGGAUGAUGAGCUGUCUAAAAUCAGAGAUUUAUGUGAGAGGUGGUAAUGAAAGAAAUGUGUGUCUCAAAUGGCACACUAUUCCCUAUA